UGUAUUUUUCUGUGAUGAUGAUAUAACAUAUAUGCUAAUUAUAAUUACUUUUUGAAAAAUUACUAUAUGUAUGUAAUGUGAUCACUAAAUGUAGUAAAACCUUUACCUAAAACCAAAACCAACAACCUUAAAUUAAUCCUAGGAGCAGCUUUUUGCCUUGUUAUUGGUGACAAGAUGAAUAUGUCUGAGGAACCUUCCUCGCCCCCGAUCCAAUGUGAAAAAGAUAAUCAAAACGACAACAAUGGUGUAUUUAGGAGAGAGAGGCCGUCUCGUGCGUGUACUGUACGCUCUGCUGCUCGGUUGUGCGCAGCUGCGGCUGCAGAAGCUGUGGCGGUUGCAGACAGACGGAAAAAGAAGUCAAAAAAACGGGUUGUGAGACGGCAAGAUGAGGAAGACGGGGGAGAGGAAGAGGAGGAGCAACCGCCGUCUCCACCGAACCCGUAUAGUGAUAUUGUGACACAGUUGGUGGAAGAGCCGCCGAUUUCGCAGUUGGAACGCUGGAAUGUUAGGUCAAUGUCGGAGUUAGCUUCAAUUCUUAAUUUCUUUAAUGUAUUUCGGCCGGUUUUGAAUAUUAAAGUUGAGUUUUCGGUGGAUGAGUUGGAAACAGCCUUGAUUACGCCGACUGAUACUUUGGCUGACAUACAUAUUCCAUUAUUAAAGGCAAUACCUCCAGUUACACGGAUGGCAUUAGGAAGAAACACAUGGGUUACUGCUCUAUGCAGAAAGCUAAAAGAUUGGUGGCACUGGGUUGCAGAGGGGGAAUUGCCUAUCGUUGCAUCACAUGGGGCAGAGAUCGAAAGUUAUAACUCACUUAAUCCUUGCAUUCGUGUGAUUAUAUUGAAAGCGUUAUGUGAUAUUCGUGUUGAGCAAGAAGAUAUCAAAAGCCAUAUAGAUGACUCUAUUAAACAUGGUAUACCUCUUUCAUCAUUUCGUAAAGAGCGUACAGGUGGCGAUUCUCAUGGAGUUUUUUAUUGGUAUGAGGAUGAUCAAAUCAUUGGGCAGAGAUUAUACCGUGAAAUCAGAUCAGUGGAGGUAAAGAAAGGGAAGGGGAAAAAUGUACAGUCCGUUCCAUCUUACCAGUGGGAAACAGUUGCUACUAGCUUGGAUGAAUUUAUAGAUGUUUCAGAAAAGCUAUGUUCUAGCAAAAAUCGAACCGAGGCUUCAUUUGGGAAGAAAAUUAUAAAUGACAUGCUACCAGAGAUUGAAAAAGUUCAUAAGAGGAAAGAGAAGCUCCUUAAGAAACAGCAUCGACAAGCUCUUCUUCUUGAUAGCAUGGCGAUUGAUGCACUUGGUCCAGGACGAUCCAUGCGUGGAAGAAAGCCUGUGUCCUACACUUUCGAUGACUAUGACCGAUCAAUCAAUGAGGCUAUCAGGACACAAUCAACCUCAGAAUCUGGGUUGAGAAGAGAGGGAUUAAGACAUCACGACGUUUCUACAAAUGGUACAUUGGCUGGCCCAUCACAGAGUUUUCAUCAGACCUCACUAAGCCCGUCAUCACCAGAUUCACUCAAUUUUGAUGAAAUUGGUGAGGACCAUGCAUCUGAACAGUUGGAUCGAAGCAACAGGAAGAGACAGAGGCCUCAAAGGUAUUCAACACGCGAGUUCGUUGAGGCAUCAGACAUGGAUACUGAUGAUGAUAUUGUUGGUGAAGCUGUAUACGAUGAUGAUUAUAUAAAGCGACGAAAAGGGAAGAAAAUGUCUAGUGCCUCUGAAGAGGAAGAAGAGUAUCAUUUGGAAGAGGAAAAUGCUGAAGAUGAAGAAUUCAUGAGUUCAAGUGAAGAUAGUGAUGCCCCACCAAGUUUUAAGAGGUCAGCCCGAACAAGGGGAAAGAAGCUGAGAUCAGUUGGUGACUUGCAGACAGGUUUAAGACGCAGUAAACGGGCUAAUCGCAGCCGUAUUGAUUACCAACAAAUUGAGUUAUCAGAGUCUGAACCCGAGAUACAUAAGCGUGCUAAGCCAAAUGUUUCGUAUAAAUACUUGGAAGCAAGUGAUUCCCCCAGUUUUUCAACAGGAAGUGAGGAUACCACUUCCAAUGAUGAUGAUAAUGAUGCUACUGAUAGUAACAAUGAUAAUGAUGACCAUGAUGAUAUUAAUGAAGAUGAUAAUAAGACGGAGGUUGAUCGGUCAACCGUUAUUAAAGAACAAUCAAAGAAGGAAAAUGAAGAACCCAGUAAACCUGAAAAUUUAGACAAUCGGGUCCAAGAUGAUAUUGAAGGCCGUGCGCAAAAAAGAGGGUUUCUUGAUCUGAAUGAGCUUGCACCAGGUUCAGGCUUUGAAGACGGACCCGUAUUGAAGGAUGAUGAUACUGAUAAUGUGUAAAAGCUUCCGAGCCAGGGGUCUAGUGAAGCGGGUUGUAUGAUAUAUAAAUAUAAUAGUUAAACUUAGAAGGCUAUGCUUCGUUGGUGAAAUUUUAUGCAACAUAUCCCCAACGUAUGCUGAGAAGAUACGUCAAUUUAUUUAUCCUUUUUUAGCCUUAGCUUUUGUAGAAACUUACCGCCAAGAGAGAUUUGAUGAUAAUACUUCAGUGAUUAACUUAUCUUGGUUCAAAAUGACAUUUUACCUAAUA